AUGCAACUGAAUUUCAGGGGCCUGCAGGCCCUGGUGACGGGGGCAGGGAAAGGGCAGCUGCCCACCCGGUGCACCCCUGCAGGGAUCGGGAGGGACACUGUGAAGGCCCUGCAUGCCCUGGGAGCCAGAGUGGUAGCCGUGAGCCGCACCGACACUGACCUGGACAGCCUCUCCAAGGAGUGUCCCGGGAUAGAGACCGUGUGUGUGGACCUGGGUGACUGGGAUGCCACGCAGCGGGCGCUGGACAACGUGGGCGCCGUGGACCUGCUGGUGAACAACGCCGCCGUGGCACUGCCGCAGCCCUUCCUGGAGGUCACCAAGGAGGUCUUCGACAGGAGCUUCAACGUGAACCUGCGCUCGGUGGUGCAGAUAUCCCAGAUCGUGGCCCGGGGGAUGAUCCACCGUGGAGUGCCUGGCUCCAUUGUCCAUGUCUCCAGCAUGGUGGCCCAUGUCACUAUACCCAACCUAGCUGUCUACAGCUCCACCAAGAGCGCAAUGACCGCACUCACCAGAGUCAUGGCGGCAGAGCUGGGACAAUAUAAGAUUCGGGUAAACUCCGUGAACCCCACGGUGGUGCUGACGUCCAUGGGCCAGAAAGUCCUGAUGGACCCCGAGAUCGCCCGGAAACUGAAGGAGAGGCACCCCCUGAAGAAAUUUGCAGAGACGGAGGACGUGGUCAACAGCAUCCUCUUCCUGCUCAGCGAUCGCAGCGCCUCCACCAGCGGCUCGGCCAUCCUCGUGGACGCCGGGUACCUGGUCUCCUAGAGCGCUUGGUCCCGCAGGCCCGCCCCCCCGCUCGGGCCCCGCCCACUGCCCGGCUCGCCCCAUCCCUCCCGCCGCCCGGCCACGCCUUCACCGCCGAGCCCCACGCACGCCCAUCUCCCACCCAGAUUCUGCCUCGGGGCUCACUCCGCAUCCACACCCGCGCCGCCCACACCCACUGUGUCCUCCGCCGUGCCGGUUGGGUUUCUCUAAAUAAAUGGAGGCCAUUUCUGGAA